CGGCCGGGGGCGAGCCCAGUGGUCCUGGCAGCCCGGCGGCGGCGAUGGCGAUUUUUAGUGUGUAUGUGGUGAACAAAGCGGGCGGCCUCAUUUACCAGUUGGACAGCUACGCGCCGCGGGCCGAGGCGGAGAAAACCUUCAGUUACCCCCUCGACCUGCUCCUCAAGUUACACGAUGAACGUGUGCUGGUGGCCUUCGGCCAGCGCGACGGCAUCCGGGUGGGCCACGCCGUGCUGGCCAUCAAUGGUUCCGACGUGAACGGCAAGUACACGGCCGACGGGAAGGAGGUUCUGGAGUACCUGGCGAACCCCAGCAAUUACCCGGUGUCCAUCCGAUUCGGCCGACCCCGCCUCACCUCCAAUGAGAAGCUCAUGUUGGCCUCCAUGUUCCACUCGCUCUUCGCGAUCGGCUCCCAGCUGUCCCCGGAACAGGGCAGCUCGGGCAUUGAGAUGCUGGAGACUGAUGCAUUCAAAUUGCACUGCUUCCAGACUCUGACUGGGAUCAAGUUUGUGGUUCUAGCAGAUCCUCGGCAAGCUGGAAUAGAUUCCCUGCUCCGAAAGAUCUAUGAGAUUUACUCAGACUUUGCACUCAAGAAUCCAUUCUAUUCCCUGGAAAUGCCUAUCAGGUGUGAGCUAUUUGACCAGAACCUGAAGUUAGCCCUGGAGGUGGCAGAGAAGGCUGGAACUUUUGGACCUGGCUCAUAGCUGAACCAGCAGCAAGCCCUGUACACGUGUCCAGCAGAGUCCUUCUGUGGUAGUCCUGCUCUGCCACUGAGGGAGACUCCAGCCACUGUGUUAGUGCGCCCAAAACUGGGAAGAUGCUGAGCUGAUGCCGUGCUGAGUCCCCACGCCUUAACCCUCAUCCCCCCCACCGAUGUCUGUCCUGGGCCUGCUUUCUCUCUGUACAGCUUUAUUUAUGACGAGGCGGGCCCUCGUGCGCUGUGUGUAAUAAACAUCCCUUUG